UCGGCGUGCUGCCCACCCCCACCCCCCCCGCAGGCGCUGGAGGGGGUGAAGAUGUCCGGCUCCAUCGCCUCGUACGACCAGCUGGUGCGGCAGGUGGAGGCGCUGAAGAAGGAGAACAGUCACCUCCGGCGGGAGCUGGAGGACAACUCCAACCACCUCUCCAAGCUGGAGAAUGAGACCUCGGACAUGAAGGAGGUCCUGAAGCAUCUCCAGGGCAAGCUGGAGCAGGAGGCCCGAGUCAUGGUGUCCUCGGGGCAAACGGAGGUGCUGGACCAGCUCAAAGCCCUGCAGAUGGACAUCACCAGCCUCUACAACCUCAAGUUCGCCCCGGAGGUGACGAGCUCCGGGCGCGGCCCCGAGGAGAGUCCCCCGGCCCCCCCAUCCCACCGGGACGGCCCCACGGACCUGGGCAGGGCCACCCUGCGCAUGCUGGAGGAGCUGGACCGGGAGAGGUGCUUCCUGCUGGGGGAGAUCGAGAAGGAGGAGAAGGAGAAGGUCUGGUACUACGCGCAGCUGCAGAGCCUGGCCACGCGCCUGGACGAGCUGCCCCACGUGGAGACGGUGAGUGGGGACCACCCCCAGCCCCCCCCUCAGCCCUGGGGCACGGCCAGGACCCUGGGACGGGCACGGGGGGUGAGGGCAGCACGAACACCCCCCCAACCGCUCCCUCCUCCGCAGCUCUGCGGGAAGGUGCCGGGCAUGGAGGGGGAUGGCAGCCUGGACCCCCCGACCCACCCCGAGGAGGGGGGCAACAGCAAGGUGGAGGUUGUCUUCUGGCUGCUGUCCAUGCUGGCCACGCGGGACAAGGAGGACAUGUCCCGCACGCUGCUGGCCAUGUCCAGCUCCCAGGAGAGCUGCCAGGCCAUGCGCAAGUCGGGCUGCCUGCCCCUGCUCAUCCAGAUCCUGCACGACUCGGACGGGGAGCCGGGGCCCCCCGAGAGCCCCACGGGCGCCAAGGACGCGCGGAUGAGGGCCAACGCCGCCCUGCACAACAUCGUCUUCUCCCAGCCCGACGAGGGCCAGGCCAAGAAGGAGAUGCGGGUGCUGCACGUGCUGGAGCAGAUCCGCUCCUACUCGGAGACCUGCUGGGACUGGCUGCAGAUGCAGAGCCGGGACGGGGGACGGGGCCCCGAGGGCGCAGUGCCCGUGCCCAUCGAGCCCCAGAUCUGCCAGGCCACCUGUGCCAUCAUGAAGCUCUCCUUCGACGAGGAGUACCGGCGGGCCAUGAACGAGCUGGGCGGGCUGCAGGCGGUGGCUGAGCUGCUGCAGGUGGACUACGAGAUGCACAAGAUGACGAACGACCCCCUGAACCUGGCGCUGCGGCGCUACGCGGGCAUGGCCCUCACCAACCUCACCUUCGGCGACGUGGUCAACAAGGCGACGCUGUGCUCCCGCCGGGGCUGCAUGGAGGCCAUCGUGGCUCAGCUGGGCUCCGACAGCGAGGAGCUGCACCAGGUGGUCUCCAGCAUCCUGAGGAACCUCUCCUGGCGCGCUGACAUCAACAGCAAGAAGGUGCUCAGGGAGGUGGGCAGCGUCACGGGGCUGACACGGUGUGCCCUGCACGCCGGCAAGGAAUCCACCCUGAAGAGUGUCCUGAGCGCGCUGUGGAACCUGUCAGCACACAGCACGGAGAACAAGGCGGCCAUCUGCGCCGUGGAGGGGGCCCUGGGCUUCCUGGUGAGCACCCUCACCUACAAGUGCCAGAGCAACUCCCUGGCCAUCAUCGAGAGCGGCGGUGGCAUCCUCAGGAACGUCUCCAGCCUCGUCGCCACGCGGGAGGAUUACAGGCAGGUGCUCCGGGACCACAACUGCCUGCAGACGCUGCUGCAGCACCUGCGCUCGCACAGCCUGACCAUCGUCAGCAACGCCUGCGGGACCCUCUGGAACCUGUCUGCCCGCAGCCCCCGUGACCAGGAGCUGCUGUGGGACCUGGGGGCGGUCAGCAUGCUCCGCAACCUCAUCCACUCCAAGCACAAGAUGAUCGCCAUGGGCAGCGCGGCCGCCCUGCGCAACCUCCUCACCAACCGGCCCCCCAAGUACAAGGACGCGGCCGUGGUGUCCCCGGGGUCCUGCAUGCCCUCGCUCUACAUGCGCAAGCAGAAGGCGCUGGAGGCCGAGCUGGACGCCAAGCACCUGGCUGAGACCUUCGACACCAUGGAGAAGCAGAGCCUGAAGAGCCAGAGCGCGAAGAAGCCGCUGCGGCACAUGGAGAGCCUGGUGAAGGACUACGCCUCCGACUCCGGCUGCUUCGACGAUGACGAGGUGCCCAACGUGUCCACCGGCGUGGAGACGGCCAGCGCCUCCGUGCUCUCCAUGUUCCUCAACUCCUCCUUCCUGCAGGGCCAGGCGCUGCCGCGGGCGCUGGCACAGCGGCGAUGCCCGGAGCCGGAGAAGGACGGCAGCGGGAAGCCGGCGGAGCCCAAGAAGCUGCCGCUGCCGGAGGACGACGUCUCUCUGGCCGCCGAGAAGUUGGCCAACAAGAUCUCCAGCACGGUGGCCAAGAUCGACAAGCUGGUGGAGGACAUCUCCACCAUGCACAACUCCUCGGACGACAGCUUCAGCCUCAGCUCCGAGGACCACUGCCUGGACUGGCAGUACGGCCCCGAGGACGGGCAUGAGGCGCGGGCCCAGUCAUGCUCGCCGUGCCGGCUCUCGGACGCCGGCGGCUUUGCCAAGCGGGAGAGCCUGAGCCGGGCGCACACCCUGCUGCGGCUGAAGACGGCCUACACCAGCCUGUCCACCGACAGCCUCAACAGCGGCAGCACCAGCGACGGCUACUGCACCAAGGAGCACAUGAAGCCCUGCCCCAGGGCCGCCUUCCUCGACUAUCGUGACGAGCUGCAGCGCUACCAGAAGAGGCCGAGCCGGCUCGACCUCAAGAGCAUCCUGGGCGGCAAACCGGAGCGGGCCGAGCCCCCCGCACGGGACCCGGCCGAGCCGGACAAACCGGAGCAGCGAGACCCGCCCGAACGGGCCAAGAAGACGGUGACUUUCCCCAGCCCCAAGGCACCGGAGAAGGAGACGGAGUGGAAGAAGGAGGUGGGUGGCAAACAGCCCCCCGACCCCCACGUCCACACCAUCAAGCUCUCCCCGUCCUACCAGCACGUGCCCCUGCUCGAGAGCCUGGCCAAGAGUGGCAUGGCCACCGGCCACCAGCCCUCCCUGCUGGGCAGGAAGCAAGCCUGGCUCCCCCCGGCGCUGCUGCAGACGGCCGAGACCCUGAGCAAGAUCCCGGAGAAGCUGCCGGCACAGCCGCCGGCCGUGGCAGAGCAGGAGUCGGUGCAGAAGUACUCGGUGGAGGACACCCCAAUCUGCUUCUCCCGCUGUAGCUCCCUCUCCUCCCUCUCCUCGGCAGACAAUGUGCUGGAUGGGCAGAGCCACAGCGAGAACGACCUGGACAGUGACUCCUCCCUGGAGAUCCUGGAGAUGGAGGAAGGGGAUGCGGAAGGGGAGGAUGGGAGGCAGGAGAAGGAGAAGGCGGUGGAUCCGGGUCCCACCACACCGGUGGGGAUUUCCCAGCCCAUCACCAUCCCCUUCCCGAAGCGGGACAAGGUUUUCCUGCGGGAAGCAUCACCCUCACGCCAGGACGAUCUGACGCCCUCCAGCUCCUCGGAGAACUACAUCCAGGAGACUCCUCUGGUGAUGAGCCGCUGCAGCUCUGUCAGCUCCCUGGGCAGCUUCGAGAGCCCCUCCAUCGCCAGCUCCAUCCAGAGCGACCCGUGCAGCGAGAUGAUCAGCGGCACCAUCAGCCCCAGCGAGCUCCCCGACAGCCCCGGGCAGACCAUGCCCCCCAGCCGCAGCAAGACCCCCCUCUUCGAGCUGGGCUGCCAGCCCGAGAAGGAGACCAGCCAGUUCAACAUCCAGUGGGAGAACAACGUCAAGAAGUUCAUGGAGAUCACAGACUUCAAGGAACGCUUCCAGCUGCCCCAGGACCUGGACUCCAUGGUCUACUUCACGGUGGAGAAACCCAACGAGAACUUCUCGUGUGCCUCCAGCCUGAGCGCCCUGCCCCUCCACGAGCACUACGUCCAGAAGGACGUGGAGCUCAAGCUGAUUCCCACCUUCCCGGAGAAGAACAGCCUGAACUUCGCAGCUCACGAGAAGCGGGAGGAGCGGCGGGAGGAGCGGUACCUGGAGGGUCGGCGCCGGGCCGAGCGCCCCGAGCCCCCCGACGACGACGACAUCGAGAUCCUGAAGGAGUGCAUCAGCUCCGCCAUGCCCUCCCGCUUCCGCAAGGUCAAGACCUCGCUGCUGUCCGGCCAGGUCCUGCACCCCCAGACCAAGAAGCCGAUGCACGUCCCCGUUUACAUGCUGGUGCCGGCCCACGCGCACCCCGGCGUCCCCAGGCACCUGCGAGCCACCGCCCGCGACCUCUUCAAGGAUGACGACUCCUUCACUGACUCGGCCGAAGGGACCCCCGUCAACUUCUCCAGCGCCGCCUCGCUGAGCGACGAGACCCUGCGCUACCCGGCGGGCGAGGAGGCCGAGCACCCGCUGCCCGAGGGGCGACGCGAGAGCGGCACCAUCCCGGCCAGGAGAGCCGCCUCUGGCAGCUCGGCACCCGCCAGGAUCGGCUCCACCAGCAAGGGCAAAGCGGGGCCGGGCCGCGGCCAAGGUGGGGAGGGGAAGCGGGGCCAGACCCCCCCGAAGAGCUCAGCCAGCCUGGAGCUGGGGGUGGGCAGGGCCAGCGGUGCCCCCGGGAGGAAGGAUGACCCCCAGGAGGACGGGGUGGUCUUCCAGUCGCUGUGCCACACCACGCCGACGGAGGAAGCCGUCUACUGCUUCUACGAUCCGGAGCUGGACGAGCUGCCCGAGGCGGGCAGGGAAGGCUCCGGCAGCAGAGCCCAGCCCGGCCGGGCACCCCGGAGGGAGCGCUCGGGCGGCUCCAUCCCCCGCAGGGACCCCGAGCCCGGUCCCCGUCCGGCAAAGGCAAAGCUGCAGAACAACCUCAUCGCUGAUGAGACACCGCCCUGUUACUCCCUCAGCUCCUCCAUGAGCUCCCUGAGCGACGCCAACCUCUCGGACGGCGAGGAGCGGGGCCAGCCCUGCGGCAAAGCCACGUGGCCGCGGUCGGCCGCGGUGGGGCAGGAGCAGGGGGGCUCCCCCAGCUCCCCCAGCCUCAACUCGGAGGAUGACCUGCUGCAGAAGUGCAUCGGCUCGGCCAUGCCCAAGCGCCGGCGGCCCGCGGUUCGCCGCAGGGGGCUGGAGCGCAAGCAGAAGCCGCCGGGCACGGGCGGGAGGGAGCGGAAAGCCGAGGUCAGGCAUCGCCCCGACGAGGACGCCGGCUCCGACCGGGGCUCCGACCUGGACAGCGUGGAGUGGCAGGCCAUCCAGGAGGGAGCCAACUCCAUCGUCACCUGGCUGCACCAGGCUGCCGCCUCCCUCUCGCGGGAGCCUUCCUCCGAGUCCGACUCCAUCCUCUCCUUCAUGUCGGGGCUCUCGGUGGGCUCCACGCUGCAGCUCUCCCUGGGCAGGCAGGAGAAGCAGCGGCCCGGCAGCACAUCCGGCCGGGACACGGCAAGGAGGGAGCACAGCAAGGGCCGCCCAGAGCGGAAGGACACGGCGGGUGCCCGUCCCGCCGGCCGUGCCGGUGCCAGGGCGGAGCGGAGCCCAGCACCCGCCAAACCGGUGCCCAACCUGCCCGUGGUCUUCCGUGGCAGGACCGUCAUCUACAUGCCCAGCCUGGCCAAGGAUGCCCCCAGCCCACGGGCCACCCCGAAGAAGACCCCAGUGGCCAAGCCCGAGGCGCCGCCUGCCAAGAACCUCUCCCUGAGCCAGCAGCGCUCGCGGAGCCUGCACCGGCUGGGCAAGGCCCCCGAAACCGGGGACCUGGCGCUGCCCAAGAGGAGCACGACUCCGCCCGCCCGCAUGGGGAAGGGCCCCCCUUCCUCGGGCUCCUCCCGCACCUCCACCCCCUCCCAGCACGGCCCCAAGAAGCUGCCAUCGCCCUCCCAGCUCAACAAGCCAGGCACCCCAGCCGCGGGCAAGGCAGGGGGCUCAUCCUCCCCGCCAGGACCCCCGGCCAAGGCCCCGGCCCCCAAAUCCCCGGCCCCCAAGCAGUCCAAGACGCAGAAGUCUCCCGUGCGCAUCCCCUUCAUGCAGAAGCCCAGCAGGAAGGUGCUGCCGGGCCGGGGGGCCAUGCCGGUGCUGGAGGAGCAGGUGGACGGCUCCAAGGCUCGGGCCGGGGGGCCGGGGGGCAGCCGGCUCAACCUGGUGCGGAUGUCAUCCGCCCGCUCCAGCGGCAGCGACUCGGACCGCUCCGGCUUCCUGCGCCAGCUCACCUUCAUCAAGGAGUCCUCCAGCCUGCUGCUGCGGCACCGCACCGACCUGGCCCCGCCGGCCCCCGCGGCCUCGCUGCCUCGCCGGGGGUCCCCUCAGCGCAGCCGUGCCGCCCUCCCGGCCGUGUUCCUCUGCUCCUCCCGCUGUGACGAGCUCAAGGUGGCCAAGCCGGCAUCCCCCGGCCCGCGGCCCCUCGCCCCCAGAGCCCAGCCCGGCGCCAAAACCAGCGCCGGGGCGAAGCCGCCGCGCAGGACCAGCUCCGAGAGCCCGUCCCGGCUGCCGGUGAAGACCAGCGCCCCCGCGGCCGAGCCCUUCAAGCGAUACUCGUCCUCGCCCAACAUCAGCGUGGCGCGGCGGGCGGGCAGCCCGUCCUCCUCCUCCUCCGUGCGCUCCGAGGCGCCGGCGCGGCGCCGGCAGCCCGAGGCGGCUCCCGGGGGGCAGCCGGGGAAGCCGCCGGUGGUGGUGAUGAAGGGCACGUGGCGGAGGAUUCGGGACGAAGACAUCCCCCACAUCCUCAAGAGCACGCUGCCCUCCUCCGCCCUGCCGCUGGCGGGCUCCGCCGAGGACGAGACCCCCGGCCCCAGGAAGACCAGCGACGCCGUGGUGCAGACCGAGGACUUCGCCGCCUCCAAGACCAACUCCAGCACCUCUCCCACGCUGGAGACCCGCGAGGGACCCCCUCACCCCCGUGUCACCGGCGAUGGCGAAGCCCCCGCGCCCGCCAAGGCUGCCCUGCCCAUCUCCUUCGGCCACGAGGCGCCCGCCGGGACCUUCCCCGCCAGCCGACACGGCUCCCCCAGCAAGGCCGCCCGUGUCACCCCCUUCAACUACGUCCCCAGCCCCAUGGCAGUGACGGCCGUGGCCGACAAGGCGGUGGAGAAAAUCCAGGCUUGAGCAGCUGCCACGGAUGAGGCCCCAGUGAGGGUCCUGUGACCCCCCCAGCCCACGGGAGCUGAGCAGGACUGUGCUGGGGACACACACACACACUGAUGUGGGACAGCUGGGGACCAGUGAGUCACCCCCACCCGCUGCUGGCCCUGCUGGGGUCUUGCUGUGCUGGAGUAUCACAAUUCCCAGUGCCAAGGACUGGACUUGGCUGGGGACACGCUUGGGGCUGACACCCCAACCUGGGGUGAGUCUCACGGACCAUCUCCUCCCGCUGAUGGACAACCCAGGACAAGAUGAGGGAGGAUGGUGUCCCCACAUCCCCCCAUCUCCCUCACCCACUCUGGGCAGGGGUCUGAACCAGGAUCUGAUCCCACAUGCCGGGAAGCCGGCACGGCACAGCCCGGCACAGGGACACCCCUGUGUGCUCCAGCUCCUCUGGCACCAACACUGGCUCUGCCAGCGGUCACAGCUCAUUUAUUAAUGGGGGGAAGGGGACGCAGGGGAGAGGCUUUGCAGGGGUGAUGGGGGCCAGGACCCCUGUUUGUGCCGCUGGAGGGACCAGCAACCGAGGUCCCUGCACUGGUCCGAGGCAGUGGAGGGUGGAAAUGGUGCAGAGGGAGCCGGGCAGGGGCUCACGGGGGUGUCUGGGGUCCCGAUGGGCUCAUCCUGGGGAGCUUUUCACAGGGUCAUGUCACCAGGCUGGGGAGCUGCCCUGGGAGGGGACAGGGUGCUGAGCUGGCACCGGGGUGACCAACCCCCAGGGAAGGGUCUGGGGUCCCUCCCCUCCAUCUGCAGCUCCCCAGCUUCCCAUCCCCAGGGCAGAAGAUCCCCGUCCCAGCUCGCAGCCAGGAUCCCAGUGUGUCCUUGUGGAUGUGGACACGAAUCCAUCCAGGACUGGAUUACGCCCACGGGGGGCUCCCAGCCCCAAAACCCCAGGGACACCCCAAUCCUGCUGCCAGCUGGCCCCAGAUGCCAAGACUGGGGUGUGAUGGAAGUGCCUCGGCCCCUUGGAGUGGGAUGGGUUGCAGAGGGACCCCCUAAUCCAGGUGCUCCCUGACCCCUUGGGUAUCUCCCAGUCCUCCCACCACCACCACCUGCUUUGGAUGGGGUGACCUAUGUGUCCCUCCAUCUGUCCCCCCACACCAGUGCCACAGGGGCUGCAGGGACAGUGCACCAGGGUCAUGGGGACAGGCACAUUUUGGAGACCCCCUGCUCUGGCAUGGGGCCAGUGCAGGAGGCCUGGAGCUGGGGCUGAAGAAAAGGAGGAAAGUCCCAGGGGCAGCACGUGUCCCAAAUCCUGAGUGCUGUAAGGGAGCACGGGGUGGUGGGAAGGCCAGCAUCGCCCCUUGGGCCCAAGCCCACCCCCAGCCCCGCUGUCCCCCUCCUCCAUGGACAAUCCCGCCGGGCUGUGCCGUGCCCUGCUCCCCCAGCACUGUAUCUAUGUACUAAGGAUCUUAUUUUACCGGACUCUGGACAGUAUUCCCAUUAAAAGCCAACCUGUGUAAAUA